CCGUGUGGCUAGUUUGCUCCUUUAUUCAUUGAACUAUAAGUUAAUUGCUUGAUAAAAAUGGAUUUUGCAAGAAUUUAUGACAACAUGCACAGCACCACAUCAGACUAUGAAUCCAUGGACUCAAGCCUCGGGUCAGUCUCUUUAGCCAAUGGAAGCGAGCCUAGCAGCCUGACAGUCCGAGAUUCACCAGAGAAGUCUGAAAGCCUCUUUAAUGGGCAAUACAGUUCCCUCUCGCCCGGGUACUACAAUGGGUAUGGGUAUUCUAAAGCCCCGAGCCCUGCCCCUUCUUGGUGCUCGCGCAAGAGCCACAGUCCAGCCCCAAGCGGAUCCUGGAGGCGGCACCGCAUGCACGAGGGCUAUUCCCUGCCCCUGGAUGAGUUCCGCAUGGCUGCCAUGCAGGGCAACCUCCCUGUCAUCAAAGCACUGAUCAAACAAGGCAUUGCUGUAGACCAGAUCUUGAAGUCUGGCUGGACAUGCCUGAUGUAUGCUUGCUCCAGUGGGAAGCAGCACAUAGUGGAGUACCUGCUUCAACAAAAUGCUGACCCAAACCUCCACAAGGAAGAAGAAAAAAGACAACAACAGAGAGACACAAUACAGACAAUAAUCAAGCCAGAGCGUGCAGAAUAUCCGUGUGACUGUGCCGAGGAGAGUGUGAUGGGUCACGUCUGCUCUCGUUGCCACAUGUGCAGCUUGGCCUCUCUCCAAGCCUGA